CAACUGCAUCAAAUAAGCCACACAAGGGAGAAACCUUUUGAAUGCUCAGAGUGUGGAAAGAGAUUCAUUAGGAGUGGCCAUCUUCAACUGCAUCAAAUAAGCCACACAAGGGAGAAACCUUUUGAAUGCUCAGAGUGUGGAAAGAAAUACACUUACAGAGGCAGUUUUCAGCUGCAUCAAAGAAUCCACACAGGAAAGAAGCCUUUUGAAUGCUCAGAGUGUGGAAAGAGAUUCAGUAGGAGUUGCAGACUUCAACAGCAUCAGAGAACCCACACAGGGGAGAAGCCUUUUGAAUGCUCAGAGUGUGGAAAGAGAUUCAGUCAGAAGGGGAAUCUUCAGCUGCACCAAAGGACCCACACAGGGGAGAUACCUUUUGAAUGCUCAGAGUGUGGAAAGAGAUUCAAUUGCGGUGCCAGUCUUCAACGGCAUAGAAGAACCCACACAGGGGAGAAACCUUUUGAAUGCUCAGAGUGUGGAAAGAGAUUCAGUUGGAGUGCCAGCCUUCGACUGCACAGAAGAACCCACACAGGGGAGAAACCUUUUGAAUGCUCAGAAUGUGGAAAGAGAUUCACUCAGAGUGGCACUCUUCAGGAUCAUCAAAGAACCCACACAGGGGAGAAACCAUUUGAAUGCUCAGAGUGUGGAAAGAGAUUCCGUCAGAGCAGCAGUUUUCGUCUGCAUAGAAGAACCCACACAGGGGAGAAACCUUAUGAAUGCUCAGAGUGUGGUAGGAGAUUCAGUACAAGUGGGAGUGUUCAGUUGCACCGAAGAACCCACACAAGGAGAGACCUGUUGAAUGACUUGCCCCCACAUUUACCUCCCCAUGCCUGCUCUGGAUCGUGGGAUGCGGCCGCCACAUUGCUCCCGGCUGAGAGUGGCUUCUCUCGAUUCAGGGACCUCUCUCCUGCCACCGGAGGUGAUAGCAAGAUGUGGGGACCAUCAGUGAAGAUGGAAGCAAAGUUCUCUGAGGCAGGAGGAGCUCCGUCGGAGGAAAGUCCGAGGGCGCCGGCCCAGGAGGGUGCCCAAGGUGCCCUGCUGCCAAUUGCGGAAGAUAUCAAUGGUGAGGAGACAAGGGGAAAACCCAUGCCUUGCCAAGGAGGGGAUUUCCAUGAAGUAAUUCACACGGAGGAGGAAACACACAAAUGCUUGGAUUGGGGACUGAAUUUCUCAGAUCAAACUCAGUAUGAGAUCGAUCUGCAAAAGCACCCUACAGAGAAGGCCCAUAAUUGCUCACAGUGUGGAAAGAGCUUCCUUUGUGGAGAAGAGCUCAUGAAACACCAAAGAAUACAUACAGGAGAGAAACUGUACUGCUGCUCUGACUGUGACGAGAGGUUCUCAGAGAAAUCAAACUUUAUUCAACACCAGUGUUCCCACCAUUCAGGAGAAGAGCCCUUUGUCUGCUCAGAGAGUAGGAAGAGUUUCUUUGAUCAGAAGGCACAUAAAUGCCUUCUGUGUGGAAAGUGUUUCAAAUACAGAUCACAUCUCUAUUUUCACCAAACAAUCCACGCAGAGGAUAAACCUUUUGAGUGUUCAGAGUGUGGAAAGAGAUUCAUUAAGAGUGGCCAUCUUCAACUGCAUCAAAUAAUCCACACAAGGGAGAAACCUUUUGAAUGCUCAGAGUGUGGAAAGAAAUACAGUCACAGAGGGAGCUUUCAACGACAUCAAAGGAUCCACACAGGGGAGAAGCCUUUUGAGUGCUCAGAGUGUGGAAAGAGAUUCAGUCGGAGUGGCAAACUUCAACAGCAUCAGAGAACCCACACAGGGGAGAAGCCUUUUGAAUGCUCAGAGUGUGGAAAGAGAUUCAGUCGGAGUGACCAUCUUCAACAGCAUCAAAGAAGCCACACAGGGGAGAAACCUUUUGAAUGCUCAGAGUGUGGAAAGAGAUUCAGUGAGAGUGGCAGUCUUCAAAAGCAUCACAGAACCCACACAGGAAAGAAACCUUUUGAAUGCUCAGAGUGUGGAAAGAGAUACAGUCUAACUGGCACUCUUCAGAGGCACCAAACAACUCACACAGGGGAGAAACCUUUUGAAUGCUCAGAGUGUGGAAAGAGAUUCCGUGAGAGUGGCACUCUUCAAAAGCAUCACAGAACCCACACAGGGGAGAAACCUUUUGAAUGCUCAGAGUGUGGAAAGAGAUUCAGUUGGAGUGCCAGUCUUCGACUGCACAGAAGAACCCACACAGGGGAGAAACCUUUUGAAUGCUCAGAGUGUGGAAAGCGAUUCAGUCACAGUGGCACUCUUCAGGAUCAUCAAAGGACCCACACAGGGGAGAAACCUUUUGAAUGCUCAGAGUGUGGAAAGAGAUUCAGUCGGAGCUGCAGUCUUCGUCUGCAUACAAGAACCCACACAGGGGAGAAACCUUUUGAAUGCUCAGAGUGUGGAAAGAGAUUCAGUCGGAAUGCCCAUCUUCAACUGCAUCGAGUAAUCCACACAAGGGACAAACCUUUUCAGUGCUCAGAGUGUGGAAAGAAAUUCAGUCACAGAUGGAGCUUUCAACGGCAUCAAAGGAUCCACACAGGGGAGAAGCCUUUUGAAUGCUCAGAGUGUGGAAAGAGAUUCAGUCAGAGUAGCAGUCUUCGACUGCACAGAAGAACCCACACAGGGGAGAAACCUUUUGAAUGCUCAGAGUGGGGAAAGAGAUUCAGUCAGAGUAGCAGUCUUCGACUGCACAGAAGAACCCACACAGGGGAGAAACCUUUUGAAUGCUCAGAGUGGGGAAAGAGAUUCAGUCAGAGUAGCAGUCUUCGACUGCACAGAAGAACCCACACAGGGGAGAACCCUUUUGAAUGCUCAGAGUGUGGAAAGAGAUUCAGUCAGAGUGCCAGUCUUGGACUGCACAGAAGAACCCACACAGGGGAGAAACCUUUUGAAUGCUCAGAGUGUGGAAAGAGAUUCAGUCAGAGUGGCACUCUUCAGGAUCAUCGAAGGACCCACACAGGGGAGAAACCUUUUGAAUGCUCAGUGUGUGGAAAGAGAUUCAGUCAGAGCUGCAGUCUUCGUCUGCAUAGAAGAACCCACACAGGGGAGAAACCUUUUGAAUGCUCAGAGUGUGGAAAGAGAUUCAGUCAGAGCAGCAGUCUUCGUCUGCACCAAAGAACCCACAGAAACCUUUGA